AUGACCUUGCACAUGGGCAGAGCCGUUCCUCACGUCGUAGGCAACUUCCACACAUUGGUCUAUAUACGCGUCUCGGUUAAUGAUCAACUCGCCGCCUGUGCGACGAAUGCGGUCAACGUGCUGACCAGACUCAACGAAAGGGCAAGCAGACAGCAGAGACACAAAGAAACCCAUGAACAACCAUCAGAUAGUGAUGAGAGUGAUGAAAAGCAAGGAUAUCAAGAAAAGAGGUCGAAUAGAGAUCACCUACACCUCUCACUCUGCAAGCCUAUGUACCUAAAGAGACAGUUUAUCAGGCCGUUCAAGGACAGAAUAGAAGAGGCACUAAAACAUGUCAAACCAUUCUACCUCAUCCUGGAUAAAAAUAUCGCAGUAUGCGCCAACGAAGAACAUAACAGCUUCUUCGCAGUGCUACCGGUGGAACAACAGUGCAACUUACGAUCGAUACUACCGCUGAUCGAUAUCGUGGACGAUGUUGCACAAAUAUUUGGAUAUCCCAAGUAUUACGAGCAAAGGCAGCCACAUGUAUCACUGGCGGUGACCGGGAAACUCACAGAUGUAAUGAAUCAAUUGUAUAAAAAUCAGCCAAAUAUUAAUGAAGAACACUACUCCUCCCAUCACUGGAUGAACGUUCAAAAUUGCCUCGACAAAGUCGAACAAAUUGAGCGGGAAAAGGAACAACAUGCGCUUAGUCAAUCGAAAGACGAUGCUGAUAGUGACAUUGAACAGUGCCCUGAACAAUCGGCAGAAACCGUGGUACAAUAUACUAUAAACGAGGAUGUGAUGAAAACGUAUACGAAAGAUGACACCUUACAAGACAACGAACCAAUAUGUAUCUACGUGGAAAAAAUACAUGUACUAAUUGGGGCGCAAGAAACUGCAAUACAGCUGCGCAAUGUAUGA